CCGACAAACUGGCUGCUUUCCGUUUCCGUUCCCAGUCAGCUCGGUCGCCACCCAGCUGGCAAAAUAUCUACGCGCGCGCAGAUUGGAAUGGAAUCUUUUUUCGUCGUUGACGUUUCGACACGGAUUCAAAAAGUCAUGUUCAAAUUGUUAGAUAUUGUGAAUGAUACUCGAGAAAUGCACGAAAGAUAGGUGACGUACUUGGACAACUUUAUUGCUUUGUCGGAUUGUAGGUACGUUGUUCAACCCCCUCCCCUCACCAAAAGAGAUUGAACUAUACUAGAUGGGAAACGUGAAUGUUCGAAUAUCUUUCAAUUAAAAACAAAAACAAAGUAAUAUACGGAACGAAGACGGUGCUUUCUUUGUGUUUUUUUGUAUGUGGUUUUCAACAGACGAAAUUGACACUUUACUUUUGAGAACCCCUUGAUUCUAUGGCAAGAAUUUCAUUGUCAAAAUUGCUAAAUUUAUGUUGCUCCUGAAACUUUGUGGCAACUGGGUUGAGAAGGCUUGUAAUCGUGCUUCACCAGCCAUGAACCUCUUGUACACCACUGAAAAAGGACGAGUGAAGGGGUCGGGAACCUUUUCGAUAGCUGAAUUUCCACCGACACCCUGCAGGUUAGCAGUGCCAGGGGCGUGUGUCGUUAACCCGAACCACGACUGAUCCGUCAUAAUGGAUGAUGAACCAGAGAGAACUAAACGCUGGGAAGGUGGCUAUGAGAGGACAUGGGAAAUUUUGAAGGAGGAUGAAUCUGGAUCACUCAAAGCCACAGUUGAGGAGAUCCUAUUCCAGUCCAAAAGGGGAAGAAUAUUAAAGAACUCUGGCCAAAUAAGGCUUGGAAUGAUGCGGCAUCUCUUUGUGGUAAUUGACUGUUCUAAAAGUAUGGAGGAUCAAGACCUAAAACCAAACCGCCUCACUGCAACGCUAAAGCUGAUGGAAGGUUUUAUUGAAGAAUAUUUUGACCAGAAUCCCAUCAGCCAGGUGGGAAUUAUCGUUACAAAGAAUAAAAGGGCUGAGAAGCUUACAGACUUGUCAGGGAACCCAAAGAAACACAUUGAAAUUCUGAAGAAAGCAGUGGAAAGCACUGUUUGUCUAGGGGAACCAUCUCUGUACAAUUCCCUGAACUUGGCCUUACAGACCCUGAAACACAUGCCUGGGCACACAAGCCGGGAGAUUGUGAUCAUCCUCAGCAGCCUCACCACAUGUGACCCAGCCAACAUCUAUGAGAUGAUCCAGACCAUGAAGUCAUUGAAGGUGCGGGUCUCUGUAAUUGGUCUGUCAGCGGAGGUUCGGGUGUGUACCGUGUUGACGAGGGAGACUGGAGGAUCGUACCAUGUCAUCUUGGAUGAGAGCCAUUUCAAAGAGCUGUUGGUGACACUGCAUGUGAAACCUCCCCCUGCCAGCUCCUCAUCUGAAUGCUCUUUAAUACGUAUGGGGUUUCCCCAGCAUACCUUUAGCUCACUGACUGACCAGAACGCUAAACCCUCUUUCAGCAUGGCUCUAUUAGAUGGCAGCCACGAUGCAGAUCUCUCUCUGGGAGGAUACUUAUGUCCACAGUGUCAUUCUAAGUACAUGGAGCUUCCAGUGGAAUGUAAAGUCUGUGGUUUGACUCUGGUGUCUGCACCACACCUAGCUAGAUCCUUUCACCACCUUUUUCCCCUACAUGUCUUCAUCGAAACACCGAUUGGAAACCCCCCCCAAAAAAGGUUCUGUGAAUCUUGUCAAGGAGAAUUAAAAGAUCAAAGGAUGUUCACCUGCCCAUUCUGUCAGAGUAUUUUUUGUGUGGAGUGUGAUCACUUCAUUCAUGACUCACUACACUGCUGCCCUGGUUGUGUUCACACCACCCUUUAAAACCACACCCAGGAGUGCAAAGAGAGUGAGAGAAGUGAUGAUUAUUGUCAGAGCCUGUGACUGCUAUGUUGUACAAUUUUUCAUUUGCAGCACUUAAGUGGCAUGGCCCUGGCUGCGCCCCAGAAUCCACCCAGUCUUGUACUUGGAUUAGUUUGUCCAUUAAAGCAAUUUUUAAUAUUAGAUUUUGGUUAAAGAAUAGAUUUAUGUACACAAAGUACACAUCGACUGGAAACAUGUUAUUUUUUUAGGAUUUUGGUAAUUUGCAGAUAAUUUUAUUUCUGAACCACUGUUUUCAAUGGAUGAUUCAGCUGUUUGUUCAACAACUACAGCAUAGUCUCUUGUGUAAAGACCCGUCUUCUGAGCUUCCAUAAAACAGUACAAUAGAAAGCAGAACUUACACCACAUUUCUUCUAUAUUGACGUUACAAUUGCAAAGAACAAUAAAGCUAAAGUGUUUUAA